AUGAGUAUUUUGAUAUUCCAACGGCGGAGGGGAUGGACAAGGCGAUGGAUCAACAGGACGAAAGGAAGGUUGGUUGGGACACUCCUGAGAAUGUUGAUGAAUUACUUGAAGGUAUAUAUGAAUACCAACUGAACAGAUCCAUCAUAUCCAAUGGUCGAAAAAGUAAUACAUCGACAGAUAUAGCUAACUUUCUUUCCCUUCUUCAAAUAUUCUUCUUCUUAGGGUUAGGAUGCCUUGCAGUGGGUUUUGAAGCUGCAGGCCGAGAAGUUGAGUGGAAAUCCAAGUGUAGUGGUGACCAUGGCCCAA